AUAAUUAUCCCAAUCAAAAUGGCUGCAGUUCCUCAAAUUGGUAUUCUUGUUGAGUUUAACUAUGAAGAUUUAGAGGUCUGGUAUCCAUUGCUGAGGUUCAGGGAGGAAGGUUUCCAUACAUUCUCUAUUGGGCCAGAGGCAGGGAAAGUCUAUCAGUCAAAGAAAGGAUAUCCUUGCAAAGCUGACAAAUCAAUCGAUGAUGUUAAAGCUGAGGAUUUGUCAGCAUUAAUAAUACCUGGUGGCUUUGCUCCAGAUUAUUGGAGAAGAGACCAGCGCUUUCUUGAUCUUGUCAAAACUAUGUUUGACUCUGGUAAAACUGUAGCUUCAAUAUGCCAUGGCCCAUGGUUGCUCUGUUCUGCUAAAGUGCUCAAUGGCAAAAGAGUAACUUGCUUUCAUUCAAUAAAAGAUGAUGUCAUCAAUGCAGGUGCAACUUAUGAAGAUGCUUCUGUGGUGGUUGAUGGGAAUUUAGUAACAUCAAGAAUCCCAACAGAUCUACCUGAUUUCUGUAAAGCAAUCAUUAAACAGAUCAAAGAAAAGCAAUGAUAAUGACUACAGUGUCAUUUUUACUAUAAGAAUAAAUAGUUGAGUUUGAAUAUAAGUUAUAAAAAAGCCAAAA